AUGGCGUCGUCCCGGCUGCCCCCGACGGCGCUCACUCUGAAGCAGGUAGAGAGGGAAGGGAAGGCAGGUGCCCACCAGCGAGGCGACUCUUCGCCCUUUCCUCGGCGAGGCAGAGAGCAGGGUCUAGGCUUGGCGACCGGGCAUUGGAGGAGACUGCAGGGUCGGGGGACAGCAGCAGCAGGCAAUACUGUAAUUGGCUUUGCUACCUUUAGGUCAGGGGCGUCGCCAUGCCUGUUGAUUAUUUCUAUUACUAAUUCCAUUUCUAUACCGCUUAAUUUAAAAAUGUAAAGUUGUGAACAAGAAACGGAAGCUAUAGCAGCAACUUAAGCGAUACUGUAACCAGUUUUUUUUUAAAAAAACAACAACAAGAAGCAGUUGCAUAUGACAUAACUACAACAUUACUGCUAAUACAUAAAUCGGGAUUGGUUCCUUCUCCUUCCCACGCCUCUCACCCAGAGCCCAAAUAAACUCACAGCUCUUCCGCAAAAAUUCCGGGAAGAGGAAGGAUCCUAGAAACUCCUGGCAGCACCCGAGCUUUUCAGUCUGGGCUUGCUUUUGUGGGCAGGUGGGAGCGGCUUCCUCAGGAUGUCCCUUUUAGCCGUCGGGCAACGCUCUCCACACCCAGUUCCAGGUUGCCCAGGGGGUCCCAAAGGUGGGGAAAGGACAUCUCACCACCCCACUGUUCCUUCUCCAGCCUCUAUCCUCUUUUCCUCCAGCUGCUUUCACCUUAGCAUUUGCAUGCUGAGGAAAAGCUUUGCCAGCUGAUUUUCCGCAGGAAAAGGAAAGUUGGUGUAAAUAGUAUAGUUUGUAUAUGGCAUGUUUAUGUUCACCCUUCACAGGAGUGAUGGGGACCCCAUUAAGGCUGCAUUUAUAUUCGUCUGAGCAAUAGCAUUUAGCAAUAGCAUCUAGGGGUUAUUUGGAUAGGCAUGCUUGCUUCUGUUCUGUUUCUUCACAUUUUAGGUGAUGGAACAUAUACCUGUACUGCUUUUUGACCCAGGAGGGGAUGAUGAGCAGGUGAUGUCCUAGAAUUGUUCUUGGAUCCACUUCUUACAUUUUUUUACUGCCCUACCCUCUGUAGUGGACAGGACAAGAGUGUAGGAAAUAGAAAAGCAACCUAUAUUUUUGUUCUAUGAAAAAAAAAUCAAGAACUUAGGUUUCUUUUCGAAAAGGAGUUUGUACUCCUGCAGAAUUUUAGCAUUCUGGUUGCUGUGAAUAGCAGAGGAAUUAACACGAGUUGAACUGAUAGAACUUUCUGGGUAGACAAGGCCUCACCUCUGCUUUGCUAGCGGACCUUGCAAAGAUGGGAACAAGUGCUUGCCCUUAUAAACAUGUGCUCCACAUGAGUUUGGCCAUUCAUGUGUAGCACAAGCUUGUCACAGGUCCAUAACUCAGGCAUUUACACUCUGCAUGUAAAUGGGACAGUGGUACUUGCGGAAAUCUUACGCAGACGAGUGCUUUACCUGUGGCAUUGUGUGUUUUGCAUCUGAGCUUUUUAACUUAAUAUUUUAAAUUCAGGUAGGUAGCCGUGUUGGUCUGACGCAGUCGGGGGAGGGGGGAAUGUCCAGUAGCACCUUAUAGACCAACUAAGUUUUUUCUGGUAUAAGCUUUUGUGUGCAUACACACGUCUUCAGAUGCCUUCAGAUACCUGCACACAAAAGCUUAUACCAGAACAACUUAGUUGGUCUAUAAGGUGCUACUGGACAAUUUCUUAAAUUUUUUAAAUUAAUAUUUUAAGUGAGACAAUUUAUAAAUGAAUGGGCAAUAGUGGAUGUAUGGUAACUGGUAGUUUGGAAAACAUUGCGUUUUACAUGUGAACGCAUUAAUGUAUUAACAUAUCUUCCGUCUUUUUUCAUUUAAAGAUUUAUUUGUUUUGAAUUACAGAAAAUAACUUUUUCUUUCAUAGUGUAGUAAGUGGUGAUUUGUGUUGCACAUGGGCCUCUUCAUUGCAGUGUUUGAAUCAUUUUUAUGAUCCUGUCAAAUGUUUUAAAACUCAAGGUUACCUUUAUUCUACUUUUGGAGUGAUUUUAUAGAUGACCGUAAAUGGACCAGCAUGGGAGGGCGCUAGUUAGAAUAACUGAUUUAUAGACUGUGGUUUGCAGCAGAAAGCAGAUGGACCCCGUAGUGGGAUUACUACAUCCAUAGGUUAUAUACAUAGGUUCAGACUCCAGUUAAAAGGAUCUCUCUACUUGAGAUCUAGAGAGCAUCUGACAUUCAGAGCAGAUGAAGGGUGGAACAUGUCACCCUCCUGAUGUUUUUGGACUCUGCCAACAACUCCAGCUAGCAUGCCACAGGUUGACAUCCCUGGAAUAGACAACGAAUACAAAAGUUUUAUCAGUCACCUGACUCGGUUUAAGACACCUUUCCAUGAGGAUGUGAGCACAUGAUCAACACUAGAUUGUGCAAACAGUAAAAGGGUCAUCCUUUAUUUUUCUUGAUACCUUGCAGUUCUUGAGAAGGCAGCAGGUCCUUCAGUUGUAUAGAAAAAUUUUGAAGGCUGUUCGUCAAGUGCCUAAUGAAGCUGAUCGCCAUUACCUCAGGGACUGGGCAAGGGAAGACUUCAAAAGAAACAAAGGUGCUACAGAUGAGGUGAGAAAUACUUGUGGUUCUGCUGACUUGGUACACUGCAGCUGAAGGUUGAACCUGUAUUCCUGGCUCAUGAAGGUGUCUUCUCUGAGACAUCCAAACAGCCUGCUCAGAACACCUCAUAAUGACUGGGAAUAAUUAUCACUGUGUCUCACCUGCAAGAGGUGCCACGGUAGACUGGACAAAUUUGGAAUAUUUGAUUAAAUGACUCAAGAAUGGGGAUUUCCAAGGCUGACUAUGUAAAACCCCAAACUGGUCAUUGUGGUAAACCCUCUGAAGUAAUUCGCUAAUAUUUCAACUAAUUUUUAUGGGCUGUAAUACCUUGCUGCGCAAAAUUAACAAGAUCCAAUUUCAUAAGAUGUAUAGAGAGCUACUAGUUUGAAAAGCUGGUUGGAGUGUUUAUUAGAGAUUUCACUGCAUAUUCUUAGGAAGAUUCAGGUAGGUAUCCGUGUUUGUCUGAUGCAGUCAGAUUUUUUAUUUUUUAUAUAUAUUCUUAGGAAGGUAAUUAUUAAAUAGUGUUGGAUGGAUCAUUUUUAUGGUUAUAUGUUAUAAUACUUAUAUGAAUCCAUCCCAUGUGCCAUAUCCUUCCCUUACUAAAGGAUAACCGUGGCUCAGAGUGAAUUGGGAGGGGAGUAGUUGAGCCACAUUGGACCAGGUAAAACAGGGGUCGGCAACCUUUUCAGCUGUGGGCCGGUCCACCAUCCCUCAGACCAUGUGGUGGGCCGGACUAUUGGGGGGGGGAUGAACAAAUUCCUAUGCACCACAAAUAACCCAGAGAUGCAUUUUAAAUAAAAAGAUACAUUCUACUCAUGUAAAAACACGCUGAUUCCCAGAUCAUCCGCGGGCCGGACUGAGAAGGCGAUUGGGCCGCAUCCGGCCCCCGGGCCUUAGGUUGCCUACCCCUGAAGUAGAUGUUGAUAGCACCAAAGGCAUUUGUUAGGUCAGCACUUCGUCUGCAGACAGAUGUCGCCAAUUUUAAUUUUCUUGUGUUUCGCUCUUAAAUACUGCUUCAGUAUACUGCGGGAUUUCUCAACCUUGGGUCCAUAUGUUCUUGAACUACAAAUCCCAUAAUCCCUGUCCACUGGCCAUGCUGGCUAGGAAUGAUGGGAGUUGUAGUAACAACAUCUAGGGACCCAGAAUUGAGAAAGGCUGGUACAGUGGUACCUCUGGAUGCAAACAGGAUCUGUUCCAGAGCCCCGUUUGCAUCCUGAAGUGAACGCAACCCAUGUCUGCGCGUGCGCAGGUCGUGGUUCGCCACUUCCGCGCAUGUGCAUGACAUCAUUUUGAUUGUCUGCGUGAGCGGCAAAACCCGGAAGUAACGCGUUCCGUUACUUCCGGGUCGCCAUGGAGCGCAACCCUAAAAUGCUCAACCCAAAGCUGCUUCAACCCAAGGUAUGACUGUGUAGUGGAUAGGUCGUUUUUAACAGCUCUGAUACUUUUCUGUAGCCUUGAACUUUUUUAUGUAUGUAUAUAUGUAUGAAUGUAUGAGCUCCGUGGCACAGUCUCAUGACUGAAUACAAUAAUGAUGUUAGGUGGUUAACAGGGUGUCCCUGCCCACCUGUCAUUGUUGCCUGUUGAUGUCAGGUUCCCCAUCCCUGUCAUAGAGAUUCAUUUGCCACACACGGUGCCAGUAUUCUGGCAUCUUUUCAGUACGUUUCCGAGCACAAUUCAAAGUGCUGGUGUUGACCUUUAAAGCCCUAAACGGCCUCAGCCCAGUAUACCUGAAGGAGCGUCUCCACCCUGAGGUCCAGCGCUGAGGGCCUUCUGGCGGUUCCCUCAUUGCGAGAAGCAAAGCUACAGGGAACCAGGCAGAGGGCUUUCUCGGUAGUGGUGCCCGCCCUGUGGAACGCCCUCCCAUCAGAUGUCAAAGCGAUAAACAACUACCUGACAUUCAGAAGACAUUCAGGGAAGUUUUUAAUGUGUGAUAUUUUAGUGUAUUUUGGUUUCUAUGGGAAACCCAGCCAGAUGGGCGGGGUACAAAUAAAUUAUUAUUAUUAUUAUUAUUAUUAUUAUUAUUAUUAUUAUUAUUUGCCUGUUUAUCCUAGGCCCUGCAGAAUAUUGACUGUUUUUAUUAACACAAUAUGCCUCACCUGCUAUAGUUGUCAGAUUCUCUUAAUGCUGUAUUACUGUUCAUUUGCAGUUAGUGUAUGUGGUACUCAGCCCUGAGCUCCUCUCAGAGGAAGGGUGGUGUAAAAUAUAAUAAGGAUUAACUGCAAUCAUAGAACACUUAGGAAAUGACCAAGGAACUUUAUCUUGCAUUCCCAUUUCAAAAAGUUCAUGCUAGUGCAGCUGUUGGUUCUUGCUUCCUAAACAUGUAUGUAUGUAACAUAAGCAGAGGCCUUUCUAAGUGCCCUCUAGGAGUAGCCCUAAUAUGUAGAGCAGCCUUUGGGGUGAGAUCAUUAGUUGCAAAUUUUAUGGAUGUAAAUAUAGACUGAUAAAACAUUUGUCGAAAUAAAACAGAUUCAGUGUAUGAAUGCAUAUUGCCUUGCAUGUGCCUACUAAGUAUAUAAUUUCUGCUUUGCAGGAUACAAUUAGGAUGAUGAUCACUCAGGGCAACCUACAGCUUGAAGAGCUUGAGAGAACACUAAAGCUGGCAAAAUCGUAG